AUGGCCGACCAAUUGACAGAGGAACAGAUUGCUGAGUUUAAAGAAGCAUUUUCCUUGUUUGAUAAAGAUGGUGAUGGUACAAUCACCACCAAAGAAUUAGGUACAGUCAUGCGCUCUUUGGGGCAGAACCCAACAGAAGCUGAACUGCAAGAUAUGAUCAAUGAAGUAGAUGCUGAUGGCAAUGGUACAAUUGACUUCCCUGAGUUCUUAACAAUGAUGGCCAGAAAGAUGAAGGAUACAGACAGUGAAGAAGAGAUUCGAGAGGCAUUCCGCGUUUUUGACAAAGAUGGAAAUGGAUUCAUAUCUGCUGCUGAACUCCGACAUGUAAUGACCAACUUGGGCGAAAAGUUGACUGAUGAUGAGGUCGAUGAAAUGAUACGCGAAGCUGAUAUAGAUGGUGAUGGUCAAGUAAAUUAUGAAGAAUUUGUUACAAUGAUGACGACAAAGUAA